UGCGAGAGACCGCAUAUCGAUCGCGGGCACCGUCUGAGCAGCAUCCUUCAUCCUGUGCAGGCAGAUUCGUCGCGCCGACCGCCACCUGACGCAGAUCAAAAGGGACGCGCCCUGAGAGUCACCAUGGCCGAGUUCGGCACGGCCAAAACCGUCUUCAUCCUGGCCAUCGUGGUCGGAUGCUUCGCCAUCCUCUGGCCUAAGAUCUUCUACCCCAUGCUGCUGACCUCCCUGAGUAGUGGCGUCGCUGCACCCUCGACCCACCCGGAGGACUCGCCCCUCGAUAACACAGCCAACUGCUGCGACGUGAUUUUUGAGACGGACGUCACGGCCAUCAAGGUUCUGACGGCCAUGUGUGGCGACAUCCUGCAAGAAAACCAACUGACGACCAACCAGCAACUGCAUCUUUCGAAAAAGUCGGUCGAACUGUGUCGAGACAAAGUGCGGUCGGCGUGCGGCCUCGACAUCACGGCCGUCAUCAGGGACCAGACGGGUCUGACCAAGAACUACAAGCAAAUCUUGGACGAGAUCAGGUCGUUCAACAACUCGGCCUGUCUCAAAGAGAACUUUGGCAUUGAGCUGAGUUUGAUUGGAACGCCGCGCCGGAUGCGCUACUUCCCCGAACGGUACUUCCGAGACAAGACCAUCAUUGCCAAACACUUGCGACCUGAGAGGCCAGCUCACUUGCACCCUGAAAUGCUUCACCCAGCCCUGCGAGAGAAAGGGCGUGCGAUUCCUGAACGACCAAUUACCGUAGCUUCGGCGACUGGAAUGGACGGAUCUGUACCACGGCAACCCGGAUACCCGAUGCCGGGCAUGCGACCUCCGAUGGGUGGCGCCGGCCACGUGGUGCCAGCCCCCAAGGGCAGCGGCACCAUGGGCAUUCUGAUGCCCCUCUACACUGUGGGCAUCGUCGUGUUCUUUGUCUACACUAUUAUGAAGGUCUUGUUCAAGAGACAAGACGACCGGAAUAAGAGUGCAGACUUUGGAAUGGACCCGGAAAUCAGAAGGAUGAUGUUCGGUGCCGCCGCCAUGGAGGAGUGCGCCGUCGCUGCUGCCCAUCGACCUGUGGCUCCAAGGGAGGUCAAGAGGCCCUCCCCUGAGCCCGUAGUGACUGCCACUGCUGCCGCUCCUCCUGUUGCGGCCGCUGCACCCCCGGUUGAACCCGAGCAGGUCAACGGAAACGCUAACACAAAUGGUUUCCGCGGCUUAACUCCGCCCAAGUCUUCCAGCAAGUUAGGAGACAACGAAAUUGACCAGCUGCGGAGGCGGCUGGAGGAGACGGAAGCAGCGAUGGAGCGCAUCGUGGCGCAAAUCGAGACUGCGGUUGAGCCCAGCAGGCCGUCGUCGUCCCUCCUCAAGACAGUGCCACGACAGGGUGACGAAGAAGAAGAACAGCCGCAAACAUUAGAGACUGUAGAGAAACCUGUAGAAAAAGAAGAAGUAGAAAAAGAAGUGGAAGAGAUAAUUGAGAAGGAAAAUAUUGAAGCUACCAAAGAGGAGCCUCAGCAAGUUGAAAAGGAUGAAGAAAUUCCUCAGCAAGUUGAAGCAGAGGAAGUUGAAGAACAGCUCGAGGAAAUCGACGAGGAAGCUGAAGAGCCUUUGGUCGAAGAGCCUCUCGAGGAGGAAAUUGUCAGAGCCACUGCUGAGGAUCCGGCGGAGGAGGUCAAGGUCACCGAUGCCCUUUUGGAGGCCAACGGUCACCUCCCCGAAAGGAGCAGCACUCCGCUGCAACAACUUCUUGAGGAAGGUGGUGGGAAAGUCACAGUCCUUGGGAUGGAAACCACAGCCCGGUAUGAGGACGGCCAGAAAAUGGCCCGUCCUCCGACCCCCUCCACGCCCCCGAGGAGCAUCACCCCCAUUUUCCCCCUGUACGCCCUGGAGCAGUACACCCCCUCCCCUGCAUAUCGGUGGUCAAGACCUGCGACCCCGACUUCGAUGACCCCUCCCAGAAGCAGCACCCCGUUGCAGAGGCCUCUGAGUGCCACCCCUCCCCCCACCCACAGCUUCGUGGUCGAAGGUCACCUGCCAGGGGGACACGGAAUUCUCGUUUCCGACUCCGAGUGCGAGGCGACGCCUGUCAGCGACUACGACUUUGAUGACAUGGACCUCGACGAAGAAGCGCCACCUGUGAUCCUCAGUGGAAAAAUGACCCUUUCUGUUAUCAACCUUCCUGAAGCGAUUGCUGCCGAGGCCGCUGCCGCUGCUGCUCUUGCUGCUGCUGGACAGCAAAAUGGAGCCCACGCUGCAGCUCAAGCAAGAGAAGAAACAAGAGUAUUGAAAGAGGGAGCAUUGAAUGGAAAUCAAUAUGAGGCCAACGGUGGUGAUGAAGCUUCGGUCACCAACUACACAACAGCAAGCGCAGCAGCAGCAGAGGACGGCGCCGGCUUAGAGGAGACGUCAGCAGACGUGUCUGGAAUGGAUGACCAAGCAGAGGCACAAGACUUGGAUGAGCCUGCUGCUGAUAUUGAGGAUCUGCCUCGCGACGACGCCUCUGUCCACCACAAUCAAAGCAAUGGGCUUCAAUGAUCUUUGCUUUCCGCCCCAAGCCGGGGCGGCCGAAGCCGUGCCAAACGCCGGAGACGGGCCAAGAACCACCGGUCGGCUGCUGCACAGAGCAACUAGGCUGCUCGUUGAUCAGUGCUGCGUGCCGUACAUGCGACAGACCAGCUCAACGCGGGGUCUACGAAAAGAAAUUCGGAAGGAAAAAAAAUCACCUGUGGCUAAAGACCGAGUGAAUGAAUGCUGGAUGAGAAAAAAAAUAUAAUAAAAAUGCGCGCAAAGUGAAGGAAAAAGAAGCCUCUCGUGAAAAUUUUGACUCGCUGUGUUACAAGAAAUGAUUCUCUACAAUGCCAAAUAUUCUCAAGCGUAUAUAAAUUUACCAUUAUUAUAUAUUUAUUG